AUGCCCAAGAAACGCACAAAGCUCGUCGUCAAGCCCAACACAAAGAGCCCCCACUACAAAAAGGGCCAUGUCCAGGAGCAACAGCAACCCCAACCGCAGGCCAAGAAACCGCACCAGCAGAAACACCAUGAGAAACCGACGAUUCCCUUCUCCAAGACGGAUCGAAUUCUUUUACUCGGCGAGGGCGACCUCAGCUUCGCCGCGUCCCUUGUGAAACACCACAACUGCACCAAUGUCCUCGCCACUGUAUACGAAAAAUCGGAAGAAGAGGUGUUGGAAAAGUACCCGCACGCAAAGGAGAACAUGGACGCCAUCACGACCGCCCCCGCGCCGGCCUCGGACGACGAGGACGAUUUCCCAUCCGACUUUGACCCGGAAGACUACCCCUCCGACUUUGAAGCGCCCGAGAAGAAGCAGCCGUGGCUCAAUAAGAUUCUCUACAACAUUGACUCCACCAAACCUCUCCCCUCCGUCGUUGCGCGCCCCGCGAAACCCAACCGGGUCUUCUUCAACUUCCCCCACGUGGGCGGUCUGUCGACCGAUGUCAACCGCCAGGUGCGCAACAACCAGCACCUCCUGGUCGAGACGUUCAAGCGCGUGCUUCCCAUUCUUGCGCACGACGGCAAGAUCGUCGUCACCCUCUUUGAGGGUGAACCGUACACCCUGUGGAACAUUCGCGAUCUAGGCCGCCAUUGCGGACUGCAGGUCGAGAGGAGCUUUGCCUUUCAAGCAGAGGCCUAUCCUGGCUACAAGCACGCGCGGACAUGCGGUGUGGUCAAGAACAGGAAAGGAGAAGAGGGCGGUGGCUGGAAAGGUGAACAGCGGAGCGCGAGAAGCUACGUAUUCAUCAAGAAGGUCGAGGGUGGCAACGAUACCAAAAGCGCCCCUGGCAAAAGGAAAAGAAGAAAGGACGACGAUUCGGACGACGAUUGA